CCCAAGUCAUGAACUGAUCAAUCGCACAUCAAACAUGAUGGAAGUGGACACAGUCUGUCACCCUUGCCAACCCACUAUCGCCCAGAGGGGGAACUUCUUCAGUGACCAAUACUUCGAAUCAGCGAGGAGGACCUUGCAAGAGCUAAUGGCUCAGAUGCAACAAAGUAGAAACCAAGUAAACUUCCCCCCGGGCAGGAUGGAUCAGCUGUUGGCAGAACUAGGCGCUUGGCAACAGAGUGGACAGACGAUGCAUGCAGCCAUGAGCUCCAUCAAACAUGACAAUCUGUUCGCCACUGUGUUCAGAUUCGAGCCUGAAUGUUUAAAGAUGCUGGUCGACGUGAAAGGGUUUCAACCGUUCAACAUCAAGCUGAAUGUUCACGACGAGGUGGUUGAGUUGUCAGCGGUCAAGGAGGAAGCCUCAGCCGCACCGACGCCCGGGGGUCAAAACUGCGUGGGCUACAUGAGCAGAAACAUUGUCAGGAAGUACAUGUUGCCCCAGAGACUGGUCAAGGAGUGUGUGCAAUGCUGUCUGUCAGCUGAUGGGGUCUUGUUCAUCAGCGCGCCUUGGCUCAGAUGUUAGAUAAAUACAUUAGUGUAUACAAUAAUACUAUACAAAAAAUA